AUGAGCUCUGUUCGUUCCCAGGGGUUCAUCCGGCAAAUUAAAAACCUCGUUAAUUCUACCUUCCCCUCUGAGGAACUGGAGACCCGCGCUCGAGAUCUGAUCAACGUUUUGAAGGACAAUGUCGAGUACGACGGACCACCUUGGACGAGGAGCGGGAAUUGCAGCAUUAAGCUCAGCGACAUCCUUGAAGCGAUGAUUUAUCAUGCUUUUGGUUGUGGUGGAGAGGCCGGCAGGCGCUACACAGUUUGUGCUAUCUGUGCAUGUCACCAUGGGGGCACUCCAAAUAAUGUCGAAGAUCAUAUUCUGUCACAACUUCGAGAUCUUGCCACUGUAUGGCUGUCGCAUUUGCUCUUCAUGUUCAAAGUCAAAGGUUCACAUACCAAGCAGCAGAACGACACACCGUCUGUCAUUGCGACUCCUAUUCUGGACGAUACUACUACCGAGUUGACACAAGGAGCUCCAAAGUCACGGUCGGAGAAAUUCAAGUUGCAGCUCUUGAAGCGUGACGACUACCGAUGCGUUGUUUCCGGCGCGCCUGACAUUUCUUUUCCCGACUACCCAGAGGACCGCGUACACGAAGUCGUCUUCACUCAGGCAUGCCACAUUAUCCAGCCCGCCAUCGCCGACUUUGAUCCUCCUGAAUCAGCAAAUAAGAAAUCGUACCUCUCUGCACUCACGACGUUCGACAUUUUGCGGAACUACGCCUCUGUCCCAAUUGCCAACAUCGCGGACUUUCAAGAGACCAUCCACGAUCCGUCGAACGGAAUUACGAUGAACUUUGACGCUCAUCGAGGGUUUGAUAAUUUUGCGUGGUGCCUGAAGGCAACAGAGGUUCCGAACAAAUAUAACGUAGUCUACUAUCGCGGCCCUCAUGGCUUGCACACGAGGCCCAGCGAAAUCACGUUCAGCGACCAUAGUGCUGAGAUCGACUCUACCGAGGAAAAGGCCUCGUCACUUCUCAAGCGCCAAUGUACACGAGCAUCUGCGUCCGGUCCGCGACAGGGUAUCAGCCUGCCUAAUCCCCUGUAUCUUAGAAUUCAUGCAGCUAUUGCGGGCAUCCUUCACAUGAGCGGAGUGGGAAGAUUCAUAGAUGAGGUCCUACGCAAACACCAUAACACGAGUGGAUCUGAGGCUACAUUCACCGGAGAUGACUUUCUAGACCUGGUGACCACAGUAAACUUAAGGGAAUCGGUUGCUAAUAUGGCCAUACGUGAAGUUGCCCCGGUGGCUUAA